UUUCAUAUCGAUCGUUGUAUAAAUAUAAAUGUUGGGUUUUUCAUACGAGAUAAAGGGAAUUUCCAUUUGGAAAAGCAGUCUGGGGUGCGCCAUAUUUUAUUUGAAGAUUAAGUAUUGCGAUAUUAUCCAUUGAUGAACUAUCUGUCUGAUCGAUAGCUAGGUGAUUUACACACACAGCUGUGCACACUAUAUUCCGGAUUCUGUUGUUUUCCAUAGUACUUAUCGUUGCUAUCUCAGUGGUUGGAAUUAUUGACAACACGGACCUACCCAACAUUUGUGGCAUGUCACCGAGGUUAUCUCAAGGUAACGAAAAGUCUGUCGACACAACAGUCAAGCGAUAGCCUCAGGAAAUCAGGGGUCACUCGGACGCACCUUACUCAUAGGUGAUAAGUUUUGUGUUCCAGUGCUGUGUUUACGUGAUGUCCGGACGUGUAGCUGUUAUACUGUUGCUGGUAUGUGUGACGGAGGUGGUGCCGAGAACAUGUAGAAAGUACGCCAACCAAGUACUCCUGGUAUCCAUGGACGGGUUCAGGUACGACUACCCCGAGAAGGUAGCUACGCCCAACUUUGACAGAAUGGCGCGGAAUGGUGUCAGGGCUGCCUAUGUCAACAAUACGUUCACUACCAAGACAUUUCCUUCACAUUACAGUAUUGCUACAGGAUUGUAUGACGAAAGCCACGGAAUUGUAGGAAACCAUAUGUACGACCCUAAAUAUAAUGAAAUAUUUAGCAUGAGGUCACACGAAACAAAAUGGUGGGAUCAAGGAGAACCAAUUUGGAUUACAACCCGGAAACGCGGUCUUAGAUCAGGGACACUGUUUUGGCCCGGAAGCGAAGUGGAAAUUCAAGGUCUCCGUCCCAACACUUGGUACACAUAUAACGAAAGUUUACCGUUUGACCAGAGGGUAGACAUGGUCAUUGACAUGCUGAAGAAGGACAAAUUAAAUUUUGUCACAACCUACUUCCACGAACCAGACCGGACUGGUCACUUGUUUGGGCCAGAAUCGGUUGAAGUCCGUAAUAAAAUAGUCGAAAUGGACACACUUCUUGGCACACUAUUAGAUAAGUUAAAUGCCAGUGGACUUUUGGAAACCGUAAAUCUGAUUCUAACAAGUGACCAUGGAAUGGCAACGACCGAUUACGACAAUAAGUUGAUAGAAAUAUACGAUUUGGUGGAUCGAGCCAAGAUCAACUUUACAGUGGACAGUGGACCAAUCAUGCACGUGGUGCCAGUGGAAGGUCAGGUGGACACCGUCAUCAGGAAAAUAAACCGGAACCCCAACUUCACAGCCUACAGGAAAGAGGAUAUACCGGAAGGCUGGCACUAUAAGAACAACCGAAGAAUAAUGCCAGUGUUCGUACUAGCUAAGGAAGGAUGGACAAUCACUCCGAAUAAAACAGAAAGCAGAAUGUAUCCAAAUAAAGGUAACCACGGAUAUGAUAACAACCUGAUGACAAUGAGGCCGAUAUUCUACGCCAUGGGUCCUAACUUCCGGUCAGGAUUCUCGGCCUCGCCCCUCAAAUCAAUAGACAUCUAUCCUCUGAUAUGUGAACUGCUAGGCAUAUCGCCGUCCCCUAACAACGGAACGUUGGCCAAUACAGACAGAUUCCUGCAGUCAUUCCCCAACGAUCAACAAGUAUGUGACGGAGCUGUCAGCAGUACAGACAUAAGGUCUAGUGCAAUACUUAUCCCCCUCCUUCUGGUGGUCGGAGUUUUGAUCAGUUAGAUUAUAGGCCUAAUGUGUUUAAUGUUAAAGUGAGGUUGAUUGUUUUAACAUUCAAUGUAGUGAAAUACGCAGUUGGAAGUUCUGUAUCUAAAUAUAUCAUAUAAUAUGUCCAUUUAUAAUGUUGUUUUGUAUGUACAAUAAAGAUAAUCACAGAU